CCGGAUGGGUCCUUCACAACACGACGUAUCUUUUUGAAACCGGAAGUCAAACUGGCUUUGGUGUGAUUUGCACCAAAUUCUCUUCGUGUAUGCUUGUUUACUCAAAGUUGAAAGAUGCUUUCUAUGUUCAAGUCCAUUCCCUCGCACAUGGAUUAUAAAGGCCAGAAACUGGCUGAACAAAUUUUCCAAGGAAUAAUACUCAUCUCAGCGGUGAUUGGAUUUGUGUAUGGUCUGAUCAUUGAACAGUUUGGGUGGACAGUGUACAUCAUCUUGGCUGGUUUUGCAGUGUCCUGUGUGUUGACGCUGCCUCCAUGGCCUAUGUACAGAAAGAGUCCUUUGCCUUGGCAGCCGGUUGAACCUGAGACCUGCGCAGAGCCCAGCCCAAAGCCUCAGGAAAGCCUCAAGAAGAAGAAGCACAAAUAACUUAGAACUUUUGCUGCCCGGCUGUUAAUACAUCCUUUAUAUCGGAAACUAUUUUGAAUUUUGUCUCUCAGUUCACAUUUAAAGCAUUUGGGAAGAAAACAUUGUUACAGUGUUUGUCAGUCAAUGAAAUACUGUCUAAAUAAUAAACACCUGAUACUCUGUUUUAUAAA